UGUCAAGAUUAGAAGCUCUAUAAAUAUCCAGUGAUUCUACAGUGAAGGCAGAAGGUGCUAAGAAGACAGAUCAUUCUUCAUCAGUUUGCCUCCAGCUUGCCUCAUCACUAGAUCUCCAUCAUGAAGUUGUCGGCUGUUUUCCUUCUUGUUUUCUCCAUGAUGGCUCUGACCAGUGGUGUCAGGUACUUUCAUCGCGGACGAUUUUACUGGCGGCAUUUCAGGAUCUGUCCUCAUGGCUGGACUAAAAUCAACGGUCGCUGCUUUCGCUAUGUUGCCACACCCAUGACUUGGGCGAAUGCUGAGAAAAACUGUCUGUCUAUGGGAGCAAACCUUGCAUCAGUUCACAACGCGUACGAGUACCGCCGCAUUCAGGCUAUGAUACGUGCAGGAAGUUGCAGUUGCAGAGAAGCAUGGCUUGGAGGCUCUGAUGCACAGCAGGAGAGAACCUGGUUGUGGAGCGAUGGAAGUCCUAUGAGGUACACAAACUGGUGUCGAGGAGAGCCUAACAAUGCUGGAGGCACCCAGCACUGUUUGCAGAUGAACUGGUCAGGUGACAAGUGCUGGGAUGACUUGUGGUGUAAUCACAAUCUACCUUCUAUCUGCGUCAAGAGAUUCCGAAGACGUUGAGGUUCCCAAAGAGGCCUGAUGUGUAAAACAGAACCAGUGGAGGAUCAGUGCUAGGUGUUUCUGUUUACCUGCCUUUCUGCAGCUUCAUAGAAAACCCAAAAGAUAUUUCUGCUUCUUUACUUCAUAUAAUUUCUCUCUUUACUGCAAACUAAGGAACGAAGCGAUAAGCAAACAGCAGCUGGAUCGUCUCUCUUUAAUAAGAGCAGACUGAAUGAGUUAUAAGAAAAAAUUAUCUAUGCAAAACUUUCUUCUAUUCUUUGGCCAAGCAAAAAUAAAAUUUUGAGGAAUCAAAACAA